UUGAAACAUUUCGCAGAGAACUCCGCGUGAAAACGAAAUUAACCCCCAUCCGAGACGAAAUCAAUAGUGUCGGGUUACCGAGAGGAUACCGGUAUCCGGGGUGACAUUUAAAAGUCCGUGGACGGAAGAAAGGAGGACGGAAGAGGUCCUUCGUAGGAGCAUCGGGUCGCACAGGCGCAGCGGGCAUUUCACCCUCGGCGAAUUCGGCCGCGAGUGCGCAGUAAGGGUGGUCUAACCCGAGGGAGUGUAGCUGGUCGGCGCAGUCGAGUGACACAUCGUGGUCGAAGCCAGCCUCGAUUUCGAGUUUCGUACGUUCAUUCACGAAAGCGACAGUGUUCGAACACCGCCACCCCCUCGUGCACCUCUGGGGAAAGGGUCGAAGCGUGUUUCGUAGGGGGUGAGAGACGAAAAAUCGUACAACGACGUCAGCGUCACGGGGUAGCUAGUGACAGGCGUGUCUCUGGAACGAUCCCUGGAUAUUCUGGCCCUGAAAACGACCCUCGAGUGCAAAGGGGUGGCCGGUUGGGAAGGUUCAUUCUCGGUUAUUAAGGGUUUUUUCUCUUGUCGCUGGUCGAAUGUGAGACUCGAGAUGCUGUAAGACUGAUUACGUGGAUAUUUCGUGAACGUGGCGUGUGGUGGAUUAUGCGUGAUCGUAGAACAGAGGAAGUGAGGUAAAAGUGUUUUCUCGGGGCAAAAGCGACCCGGCGAGCGACAGGGCCCCGGGAUUCGAGCAACAGGAAAAUACCAGCACGAUGCCGGAGGCCUCAGGGUCGCGGGUGGCCGACGAGUCGGAUUAUUCUACAUUCGAGAAUAAGACCGGCCUGGCCGAAGACAUGAAGUUUCUGGCUAGUAUGCCAGAACUAUGCGACGUAACAUUCCUCGUGGGUGACACCAGAGAACCCGUCUGUGCUGUUAGGGCUGUUUUAGCAGCAAGAAGUAGAGUGUUUUACAAAAUGCUCUACCAAGCACCGAGUCCACAGCGCAAGAAAGAUCCACCUCCUCGGGAAAACAAGAUCCGUUUGUUCCUGAAAAGAAGCUCGGAACCGCUGUUGAAUCUGCAGAAUGCUGCGCAACAGCCAAAUCAGCAUCAUACUUUAAUCAUCGAGGAGUUUGAACCGGACGUGUUUCGUCAGUUGAUUGAGUACACUCAUACCGGAUGUGUGACACUGCAACCGAGGACACUGCUGGGUGUAAUGAACGCUGCUGAUUACUACGUAUUGGACGAGCUGAGAAGAGCUUGCGCUGGCUUCGUUCAAUACUGCAUAACAGUGGACACAGUGUGUGCUUUACUAGCAUCCGCAGAACGAUAUAUUCAGUACAAAUGUACAAAAUCCAUAGUUCAAAAGGUAUUGGAGUUUGUUGACGAACAUGGCAACGAAGUGUUGAAUUUAGGAUCCUUUACCCUUCUUCCUCAACACGUAGUUCGUUUAAUCCUGGUAAGGGAAGAGUUACGUGCUGAUGAAUUCACUAAAUUCCAAGCGGCCUUGAUGUGGAGCAAGAAGUACUGCGACAGCAACCAGAACACAGUUUUAAAGGACGUGAUCGGCAACUUCCUGGAGUACAUUCAAUUUCACAAAAUUCCUGCAAACGUGUUGAUGAGGGAGGUUCACCCCCUAGGCUUGGUUCCCUCAGGGAUAAUAGUGAACGCACUGGCCUAUCAGGCAGACCCAACCAGUGUCGACCCCGGAAAAUUGUCACCCCACAGAGUGAGGCACCAGGACCGUAGUCUGUCGGUGCAGUCAUCUCUGCAGGACCCGUACGGUAGCAACACGUCACUGAGCUCGACAGGGUCCGACGAGGGCUCCGAUGAGAAGCAGCAUUCAGGUAAAAACGGCACAGCUGAGCAGCAACACUGGCAGAAGCAGGACGAAGAGGAUUCGCAGCAACGAAUCGACGUGAGACGGGAACAGGAAGAACAGAGGCAACUGGAGGAGCUCAGGAAGCAGCAAGAGGACCAGGAGAGAAAGAAGCAACGGGAGGAAGAGUCGAAGAAGCAGCAGGAAGAAGAGUUAAAGAGACAGAAAGAACUGGAACAGAAGAAGCAAGAGGACUCGAACAAACAGAAGGAGGAAGAGAAACUGAAACAGGAAGAAAAACUAAAACAGGAAGAAAAAUUGAAACAGGAAGAAAAACUGAAACAGGAGAAGUUGAAACAGGAAGAGAAACUGCAGAAACAAGAAGAAAACCAAAAACUGAAGCAACAACACGAGUCACAGCAACAAGUACCAAAGGAUGAAGUACAGCAGAAAGAAGAAGCGAAGAAGAAAGAGUCCGAAGUCCCAUUGAAACAGGAAGAGGAGCAAGAUCACCGACGAGUUCGCGAGAAGAAGCGACUGCAGCUGCAGUUGGAGGAGUUGAAGGUGCAUUGGGCUCUCCAGCAAGAUCUGAUACUGCAGCAACAGGAGGAAGCUCUUCAACGACAGAUACAGGAGAGACGUUACGAGGAACAGUUCGAGUGUCCUCAAUUCCAGCAACUGCAGUUGUAUCUGGAGGGUCGUAAACCGGAAACGGAGAAGAGGAUCGAGCAGGUGGCCGAGCCGAAGAAGAGGAGGAGGGAACGUGAUAAAGUGGAGAUUCGUGUGCACGAACCGGAACCGCAGAAACAGGAUCAGCAAUUGGAGCAAUCUGGUUUCUACAUUAAGUUGGUGGUGAGACAGGAGGGUCGUGCGAAUCUGGUCUGGCUGUUCAAAACGCACAAAUUCUGAAUUAUUUCGGGUCUCGGUUGUACAAGUCCUAGUCCGCUUCGGUUUAUGUAGAGACAAUUAGUGGAAUAUUAAUUUUAAUAGGGAUAUUUAGUGUUCGGGUAUUAUUUAUAUAGAGACAGUGUCGUAAUACUUUAGUAGGGACAUUUAGGGACGUUUAGUGUUAAUGUUACUUUGAUAGGGAGAAGUGUAUACAAUACGGGGCGGAAGGUUUCCCUAGGGAAAAUGGGAAGAGUUUAAUGUUUAACUGUUACCACGUGAGUUUAGUUUGCAAGUAGUUGGGCUAUCUAUUAAGGAAAACUUUGGGGUUUACUAGGAAAAAUUUGGGGUUUUUCUUUGGGGGAAAUGUAGUGACUCUACUUUCCUAGAUAGAAUUUACUUCCUUUUAGGAAACUAGUAAUGUGGAACUUGAGGAAAUUUAAAAUGGUGGCGUGGGCUUCUCUUGUCUGCACAAAAUGGCGGUGUGGAGGCCUUUCUCAAAGAACUAGGCAACGUGGAAUAUCUACUUUUAUUGAAAAAACUUGUAAUAUGGAAUUUGAGGGAAUUGAAAAUGGUGCCCUAGGUUCCCUUCUCUCGACAAAAUGUCCUCCACAUAAAAAAUGGUGGACGUAGCACCUUUUCUCCUGCGUAGAAUCUUCCACCAUAAAAAUUUGCACAAAGCCACCUUUCCCAUACCGCCAUUUUCCCAGGGAAACUAGUGCGCCCCGAUGACGAGUUGUGUUUAAAAAUUGUUUAAGUUUCUGUUUAAAUCGUCAGCAAUCUUGUACAGAUAUUCGUGCGAUGUCCAAAAGUGUUUGACGUUAAAGAAGUGCUCUGUUUCAGAAUAAUUUCAUGGAAGUCAGUGUAACAGGCUGUGCUAACAUGGUUGUGUUUCAACAUUAAUCUUGUGUUGCUUUAAGUUGAAUUCUAUGAUCGAACACAGGAUUCUAUGAUCGAACAUAGAACAGUGUACUGCUCAAAGUAAUUAACGCUUGGAGCUCUGUUAUGAAAGAAACAUUGGACAAUACCUUUUACACGUUUCACGCUUAGCUUUAGUUCUCUGUAAUCAUAGUUUAAUUAUUUUGAGCAGUAGUUUUAUUUUCUUAAGAACUGUUUCGCACAGUGACAACACGAUUUUCUCACAUCGAUAUUCAUUCGAUCACAAUCACUUUUCUAUCUUCGUAUUUAUAGUGUCAGUAUGAAGAAACUGAUUCUUUUUACCUUUUAUUGGGUGAAUAAUGUUUUUUAUUUUUUAAGGAAAUUAAUAUAUUUUAGACCUUCAUCAACGCACAUUUCACAAGUGUACAGUAUAAAAGAGAAAAUAUACAAGAAAAAUAUAGAUGUAUAUUGACGAUGUUAUUGCUAAAACACUUUUAUUAUACAUACGCGACAUAUCCAUCGAUUAUCAUGAAUUAUGUCAAAGAGAAAUGCAAAGACUAACUAUAUACGUACAUAUAUAUAUUAUAUACAUGUAUAUAUACAUACAGUAUCGUUCAAAAGUAUUUGUACGACAAUAAUAAAAUUUUGUUGAUUUUAUUCACGUCUAUUAUAUAAAAAUUCUUAAAGAAAAAUUGGCGUCGUUUAAAUGGUUUUUAGCGAUACUGUGUAUAUCUAUAUUUGAUACUGUACUAAAGAGAAACCAGAGUAUAUUAUACGCUCGUGUUCAAGAGCCAAUCGAUAAUUUGAUAGUAACGAUUCAUCGAAAUCUCGACGAGUUCUUUAAAGCUGCUUUGCUUAUCGAAAUUUUAUUUUAGAACUCAAACUAAGUGGUCCUUCCAAAGAAAAUACGAAUUAUAGAUGUUCAAUAGUAAUUACGAGCUACCAAUUUUUUAAUUAUUAUUUAAAUUGUUCUGAUGCCUCAGAAUAUUUUCUACACAUUUUGCAUAUUUGUUACGUUGAUACUGUAAUUUAAGUUUACAUUUGCAAGUUAAAUUAUUAUGGAUUACAUUAGUAGGAAUUAUUAUAGACCUUUAUUAUUGUUGUCGAUGGUUAUUAUCGGUGGUAUAAAUUUUCAUAUGAUAGAGUAACUCUUGAAUCGUGCUGGCGACUCGUAUCCACUUGCGUUCUUGCAACGAGAAAGUGUUUAUGAAACUGUGAAUAUACGUAUAGUAAUUAUAGUUAAGCAAUUAACCUGCGACGUGAGGAAGAAUGUUUAUAACGAGAAUCUUUAAAAAUUUGUUAAUAUGAUUUUUAAAUAUAAAUUUCUUUAU